ACUUAGUAGAGUGCCUGGCACAUAGUAAGCACUUAACAAAUACUAUUAAAAAUAAGUAAAAAUCCAGCAUUAGGAAGAUGCCUAUCCACCCCUUGCUUUCUUCUGAAUCUCCUGUGGUUCGUUCUACCCCCUAAGGGUCAUUUUUCCUUGGCUCGCGUGCCCAGCCUCCUCCUCCUUCUCUCUUUCCCUUGUCCGACUGGCAUAUUUCUCUCUUACCUUUUAAUCAGCCUAUAUCUUUGAUUAUUUUCUCCUUCACCUUUGAUUGGCCAUCUUUUCUGCCAUCGGAGUUCCAUUUCUUUUGCUUCCCAUGUCUCUCUCAGUUUCGAGACCGUUUUUUUUUUAUCAUUACCAAAACCUCACGUUCAUCAUUUAAUAGUCACGUGUCUUUCAGCCCAAAGAACACUUCACAGGUUAUGUUACCUUAAUUGCCAUCAGGUUGUGGAAGCAAGGUUGAAAACAAGGUUGCUCCAGAAAAAUUCACUGUGGGAGAGGGAGUUCUGGGGCCCCGAGUUGGAAUAUGAAGAUUUGCCCAGCAAACAGAACACCACCGUAUGUGUUUCCCCGAGGGAUCCUUCCGUUUACUUGGCCCACGUCAUUCUUAGUACAGUGCUCAAUGAAUACCACCGAUGGAUUGAGGUGACACUCUCCCCACGGCGGUUUUGAAGCGAAAGUCAAGGGGGACUAUCCCGGGACCAAGGGCAAAGAGACAUUGAUCUGCAGCCCCAGAGCAGCCCACACGGUGCCCCAAGCUGGAGUGACUCUCAUCUGCCAACUGGGGACGAUGACUACCGAACUGAGGUUGGCAGCAGGCCUGGAGCCCCACUUCCCAGCCUCCAAAGAGCAGGGAGGGCUGCCUGCGGUGACGACGAAGGAGAACUGGGCCCAGGGGACCGAAUCUAGCGGGCGUGGGGAGAUCUACCAGCGCUUCCGGCGGUUCUGCGCCCGCGGGGCGUCCGGACCCAGCGAUGCUUUGAACCAGCUCCGGGAGCUCUGCUGGCAGUGGCUGAGGCCAGAGAAGGAAGAGCAGAUCCUGACCAACCUGCGAGCGGAGGGCGGAGGAGAGCCGGGGUGCCCGACGGAGGGUGUGCCGAGAGAGCCGGACGGACCAGAGCAGCGGGUCCCGGACCGUACCCCUGGACAGAAAGUGCUUCCGAAGGAUGCAGUACCCCCAGCAGAAGAGGUACUUCCUAUUCUUCAUGUCAACUCCUCUCCAAAAGUUUCGUCUGUUCCACCGAGCCCUGCCCUUCUCCAAGAGGGAAGCCCAGGAGAGCAGGAAGUGGCAGUUGAGCAUCAGAAAACCAGGAUUCAGGGCCUGGUGACAUUCAGCGACGUGGCCGUGUCCUUCACCCGGGAGGAGUGGGAGCAUCUGGACCCUUCUCAGCGCAGUUUGUACUGGGACGUGAUGCUGGAGAAUUAUGGGAACCUCGCCUCCCUGGGAUUUCCCAUUCCCAAACUUGAUGUGAUCUCCCAGAUGGAGGAAAGGAAAGACCUGCUGGGCCUUGGUCUGCCAGAAGCUGAGGAAAGAGAGCCCCCCAGAGACACCUGCACAGAUUGUAAAACCGGAAACGAGGCAGAGGAGCCGAUUCCCGUGAAACGGGAUAUUAGUGAAGAAGCAGAUUUGCAUAGGGCAUUAUUGGUAAGUCUCCAGCAGGACAUUCUCAUGACAUCUGUGUGUGGAAAAACUAUCGCAUUUGGGGAUAGGUUAGAAUUCCCUGUUGAGGAUAGAAAUGUCGAAGAAGUCCAUAGGAAAACCUCCAGAGAGGAGAGGGUCUGUGAGUGCGAAAAAGCUUUCAAGUGGAGUCCGUGUCUUAUCGGACAUCAGAGAAUCCAUACCGGCGAGAAAGCCUGUCCGUGUCAUGAAUGUGGGAAGACGGUCAGUCAGUACUCAGACCUUAGUAAGCAUCGGAGAAUUCGCACCAGAGGGAAGCUCUACAAAUGCAGCCAAUGUGGGAAAGAAUUCAGAUGGAGCUCCCGCCUAAUUGAACAUCAGAGAAUUCAUACGGGAGAGAAACCUUUCAAAUGUGGUGGCUGUGGAAGAGCUUUUGGCCGGCACUCAGACCUCGUUAAACAUCAGAGGAUCCACACUGGAGAGAAACCUUACAAAUGUAGUCAGUGCGGGAGAGCCUUCAGUCAACACUCAGACCUUGUUAAGCAUCAGCGAAUCCACACCGGAGAGAAACCCUACAAAUGUCACGAAUGUGGGAAGGCCUUCAGUCAACAUUCAACCCUUAUCGAACAUCAGAGAAUCCAUACCGGAGAGAAACUCUACAAGUGUAACGACUGUGGAAAAGCCUUCAGUCAACACUCGGACCUUAUUAAACAUCAGCGAAUCCACACCGGAGAGAAGCCCUAUAAAUGUAAUGAAUGCGGAAAGUCCUUCAGUCAACAUUCAAACCUGAAGACGCAUCAGAGAAUCCACACCGGAGAGAAACCCUAUAAUUGUAACACGUGUGGAAAAGCUUUCAGCGUUCGCUCUUCCCUUAUUAGCCAUCAGAGAAUUCACACUGGAGAGAAAUGCUAUCAGUGUAAUGAAUGUGGGAAAGCCUUCAAUCAGCACUCGGACCUUAUUAAACAUCAGAGGAUUCACACUGGAGAGAAGCCCUACAAGUGCAGCGAAUGUGGGAAAGGCUUCAGUCAACACUCAAGCCUUAUUGAACAUCACAGAAUUCACACCGGAGAGAAACCUUAUCGGUGCAGUGCAUGUGGAAAAGCCUUCAGUCAACACUCAGACCUUAUUAAACACCAGAGAAUCCACACCGGAGAAAAGCCCUACACAUGUAACGAAUGUGGAAAAGCCUUCAGUCAACGUUCAAACCUCAUCACCCACCAGAGAAUCCAUACUCGGGAAAAACUCUGUAAAUGUAACGAAUGUGGUAAAACCUUCAGUGUUCGCCCAACCGCCGUUAAUCAUCGGAGAAUCUAUACUGGAGAGAAACCCUACAGGUGUAAUGACUGUGAGAAAGCCUUCAGUGAACACUUCGUCCUCACUGAUCAAAUUGUUCACCCUGGCAGGAAAACCUACAAAUGUAGUCAGUACCAGAAAGCCUUCGGUUACAACCCACAUCUUCCGGCACAUCAGAGAAUGUAGAAUUGGGUUCUUUCCGUGGGUUCUCCCUCCUACUUAGACCGUGAGCCCCAUGCGGGACAGGAACGGUGUCCAACUUGUAUCUA